AUGAUUCCCUCACUCCUCCCUCUUUCCCUCUCCCUCCUCGCCCUCCCUCUCGCCAUUGCCCACCCCUCCCCCGAAGGCAGCCACAAUUCGGGUAACCCCUACCGCGAAUCCCUCAAGAGAGAAAUCACGACCGACGCUUCACGCGUCAACGGCCGCGCUUUCGACUUUGUCAUUGCCGGUGGAGGAUGUGCGGGUCUUGCGCUGGGCGCGAGGCUGAGCGAGUGGAGCAACGUGACGGUUUUGGUCAUUGAGGCCGGGGCGGAUGGGUCGCAAUUCGAGGAUCAGAUUGAUAUUCCAGGCUACUCAUACCUCAAGGGUUUGGGAGAUACGACAUUCGACUGGGGAUACUCGACCACCCCGCAAAUAGACGCGCUGAAUCUCGUCAAGAAGUGGCCGCGUGGAAAGGGACUCGGAGGGAGUGGAGCGGUGAACGGGCUUUAUUGGUGCAAGGGUGAUCAGAUGGAGUACGAUGCUUGGGGACAACUCAACCCGAAUUCGGCACAAACCUGGAACUGGAACGAAAUGAGCAAGUACAUGCGAAAGUGCGAGACCUACACCGCCCCCACCGCAGCGAGGAUCGCACAAUUCGGCAAUGUCAUUGACCCCAAUGCUGGCGGCAAGGACGGACCGAUCCAAAUCUCCAUCACCAACUUCAUCUACCCCCUGGUCCAGAACUGGAUCCCAACAUGGCUCAACCUUGGCUUCCAAAGCAAAGAUCUGCUUGCCGGCGACACCCACGGUGUCACUAUCAACCCCUCUACUAUCAAUCCCUCAAACGGUACCCGGUGUGAUUCCAAGGCCGGCUACAUCGACCGCCUGCCACCACGGUCCAACCUCGUCAUUCUUACCAACCAGCAGGUGACCCAGGUCAUCUUCAACGGGACCAAGGAUGCCUCGGGCAACAUUAUCGCUUCGGGCGUGCGAUUCCAGGGCAGCCGGGGAGCCACCGCGUAUACCGUUCAGGCCAACAAGGAGGUCAUUCUUGCCGGUGGAACUAUCGGAUCUGCCCAGCUUCUCCAGCUCUCCGGUGUCGGACCCGCCGACCUCAUGACCCGCUAUGGAAUCACGCAGAACCUGGACCUCCCUGUCGGUCACAACCUGCAAGACCACGUCUCGGUCGCGAUGUACUGGUCGACCCCGCCUGGAACUGUCACCUGGCGCGAGAUGUACAACGCCGACGUGCAGGCGGCGGCGCUGGCGCAGUGGAAGGCGAACGGGACUGGAAAGCUUACCUACGUCAACAACGCCAUGGGCUACAGUAAUCUCGCGGACAUCACUGGGUCCACGGCGGCUGCUGCUUCGUACGCUGCCGACAUCAAGACGCAGCUCAGCAAGACCGUCACCGACGUCACUGGCUGGCUUACCCUCCCAUCAACCGUCGCAAGCGGUCUCACCAAGCAGUACAACAUCAUGCAGGAGUGGCUUACCGGUCGUAUCGGCCAGCUCGAAGUCCUCCUCCACAUGCUCGGAAACGCCGACAAUACCCUCGGUAUCCAGAUCGCGCUCCAGCACCCCUGGACCCGCGGAACGAUCUUCAUCAACUCUACCGACCCCUUCCUCUCCCCCUCUAUCGACCCGCACUACUUUGGUGUCGGUUUCGACACGGACAUCAUGGCGUACGGUCUCGACUUUGCUCGUAAGCUCGCCGGAACCGCCCCGCUCUCGCAAUACUUCAUCACGGAGACUACACCGGGCCGCACCGUCGUUGACGAUGCGCUGUACGACUACUCUCGGCGGGUCAGUACGACCGAGUACCACCCUAUCGGCACGUGCGCGAUGUUGCCCAAGGCGGACGGAGGGGUGGUGGACACGAACCUUAUCGUUUACGGGUCGGCCAACCUUCGUGUCAUCGACGCGUCCAUCAUGCCCCUGCACGUUACCGCGCACACUAUGGCGUCGGUGUACGGUGUCGCCGAGAAGGGCGCGGACAUCAUCAAGCAAAAGUACAUGGCGGUGCAGGCUGUAGCACCCUCGACCGGCGUGGCUACUGCGGGCGUCGCGACCGAUGCGGCCCUCACCGCGCCCCAGGCCUCUGCAACUGCUGCCGCCGCUGGUGGAAAUAGGUCGAGCGCCGGGCUCAGUACGACCGCCAUGAUUGGUGUCGGAGUAGGCGCGGGUGUCGGCGCACUCUUGAUCCUGGCGGCGCUGAUUGCGUUCUGCUGUAUCCGGAAGAAGAGGAACGAGAAGAAGCAGAUCGGGGAGAAGGGAUUCUAUGCGCCCACCGGAGCAGCGGCUGGAGCUGCUGGCGGAUACGCAAUGAAUGACCUCCUCGCUCCUGCCGCCCCGUACUCGCGCGAACGUAAAAUGUCGGCCUCGCCAUCGAUCGCCUCGAUGGAGACGACCGAUAUGUCAUCACGAGCGCCCAUGCGGAGUGAGAGCGGGUACGGGUUGUCGGCCAACAUGGACGGACCAUACAGAGACUCGAUGGACAACCGAGCAGAUACACGAGCGGCCGACUUCCUCCCUGGAACAGGGGACGAGCGGUAUGGCCAGCCAACGUGGAAUGUCCGGCCGCAGGAACAGCGAUACUUGCCUGUCAACGUGCGCUAA